AUGGAAGAAAUACUCAAUCAAUUAGAAAGAGUUGAAACUAAAAGUGCUCAACAAAUUGAGAAGAUAGUUAGGUGUGUAGGAAAAAUUGCUGAUUAUACACUUGAUGAUAUAAUAUUUGAUCCAAAGAAAGAUUGGACCUUUGAUUCUUUAAGUACUUGUUUUAGUAAAUCAGAAAGAAUGAUAGAGAACAAGAAAGAAAUAAUAUUAAUAAUCAAAGAACUUAUCUGUUUAUUGGAUGACUUAAAAAUUAUUGAAGACAAAGAGCUCGAUAAUUUAGAAAAUGAUAGAAAAGAUUUACUUGAAGCGAUGGAAGAGAAAAUUAGAGAUAUGAAACAAUAUGGAAAUGAUAGAAGAACUUCUAAACCACCAAGAUCUCCAAUUGAUGACAGGAGAACAAGUCAACGAGAUUAUUCUAAAAGAAUACCUGCAAGAGAUAGAGAAGUUGUUAGAGAAGAUAGUCAUGACAGAAUAGAAAGAAGAACUACUGAAGUACAAAAAGAAAAAGGAAAACAAAUUGUAUUAGAAAUGAGAUCUGUUAUUGAGAAUGAAAUAGAAAAUGUUGUAGCAAAUAAAAGCCAAAAAAUAUUAUUUGAUACAAAUACUGAUGGAUGGAAAAUGGAUAAAUUUGUUGAUUCUGUUACUGGAAAGAAAAGAAUUGGUUUCUUAGUGUUUGAUGAAAUUGCACAUGUAUUUGGAGUAUUUGUAAACGAAAUACUUCAACCAGGACAAUGGCUAGAUGAUUCUAAAUUAUUUUUAUUUUCAUAUACUCCAGGACAAAAUAAACCAUUAUUCUAUUCAAAUAUCAUGUUCUCUAAUCAUGAUGGUAAAUCAAUCUUUAAAUUAGAAGAGAAAAAUGCAGAACACUUUUUCAGAGUAGCUAAUGUUAUUUAUAUUCAAAACGUUUCUGGUAAAAAAGGAAGUGUUAUGUAUCCAGAGUUAGAGGAAUAUUUCUUCCAUGCAAAUCCUAGAUCUUUCUGUGGGUAUGUUUAUCCUGAUAAAUUCGAAUCAACUAGAGUUAUUGCACUUCAAUUCUAA